AAUUACGGAGUGUUGUCCUUCUUUUGGAGCGGAUGCACCCUAAAAUGUGGAACAUGUGGCUGUCACGUUUUUAUUUCAGGUCUUCAUUAGGACCAGUAUGAGUUCCAUCACGAAGCAGUUCCUCAUGCUGACCUUUAUUGCUUUGAACCUGGUGCUCUUCCUCAACUAUGGCCUCUUCCCUCUCACACACCCACGCACCAGGCCCCAUAUGAAAGGCCGUUUGAUUGAGGGAGGACAGGGCCGCAGGGACCUGGAGGACGAGCUGAAGGAGAAGCAAGUUAUGGGCCGCAGGGACCUGGAGGACUGGGAUUUUGACGAGGCCAGGGCCGUGGUGCGCCAGCUGUGGCAGGGAAAGGUGUUUGGCAAGGACAUUCAGAGGAUUGUGGCUAACAACAAACACAAUGUAACCUUCACUGGCCACCGUACGCCCAGGAGGUCCAGGCAUGAGCUGCUGUGCCAGCUGAAGAGCCAGACAGUCAGGUGGACUUUGGAUGGGAAAGAACCCCCUUUCUCCAGUCACGCUUGGGACAGGUUAGUGCCGCCCAAAACCCUGGAGGAGCUGUAUACGGCAGGCCUGACAACAUGUGCGGUCGUCUCCUCAGCUGGAUCCAUCCUCAACUCCGCUCUGGGAAAGGACAUUGAUUCCCACGAUGCUGUCCUGCGCUUUAAUGCUGCUCCAACAGCGGGCUUUGAAAAAGAUGUGGGGAGCAAAACCACCAUCCGCCUCAUGAACUCCCAGGUGAGUAAUGUGACCUUCGACCUCUCACACAGACACAGACACAGACACAGACACAGACACAGACACAGACACAGACACAGACACAGACACAGACAGCUCAUUCAGGUAAUGGGACUGAAUGGAAUGUCUCAUUCUGUAUGUGUUAUUAUGACAGAUUCUGGCCAAGCCGGAAUAUCAUUUCAAUACCAGUGA